CAAAUAUGGCUGCACAGUCAAACUGCACUUUCAUCAGUUACGCGCAUUAUCCGACGCUGUCACGUCAUGAUCAUAUGCGAGAAGAGGAGAGAAGUAGGCAACGGCAAAGAGUUUUAAGUCUUUCCAAUAUUUUGCGAAGUUAUGGAGUUGAUACUGUACUUGACCAAUAUCACGAGGAUGAUCCCCCUGAUUCAUGGCCCAUGUGGAUGGAGGAAAACAUAAGACACUGCAAAUGGGUUUUGAUGGUUUGUACAGAGUCUUACUACCAUCAUAUCACCGGAAAAUCGGCGGAAAGUAAUGCGGAAGAUGGGAGGGGAUCGAGGUUUGAAGGCAAGACAAUCUAUGGUUUGUUGACUGACGAAUCACAAGCCAGAAAGUUUAUUCCUGUGUUUCUUGAUAAGAAGGAUUUGAAUUGGUUGCCUGCUAGUUUGAAGGGAGGUCACUAUUAUGACUUAAAACUUCCUGAUAUCGUGCCCAAAAAGACUAUGCUUGAGAAUGAAGAAUUUCGGAAGCUUUAUGCCAGACUGACCGGGCAGAAUCGGACACCCAAACCUCCUGUAGGUGGAAUUGUACAUCUUCCUAGUAAGAAAUCAGCGCACUCUGUUGCUGCAUCUGAUAAGUCUAGUCAGUGCUUAACGGUUGGUCACAGACAGUUGGAUCAUCCAUCAGACGAGAAGGUUCUUCUAUCAGUUGGAGUCAAUAAGCUGUCAAAGUUGUUUAAUCCAGAUUUGACUGGCAAACCGAAGCAGACAGAUUUAGUCAAGCUUUCUAAACAACUUGGUUAUCACUGGAAGGAGUUGGCUUUUGCUCUUGGUUUCAGUCAAGCUAAUGUUGAUGAUUUUGAGUAUGCAAGUCGUUCAUUAAGCGAGCAGGCAUUUCAAAUGUUACUGUCAUGGACAAGGAAAUACGGCAGUAGAGCUACAUGGGAAGAACUAGGAACAGUUCUAACAGACAUUGGACAACAAGAAAUAAGUUAUAGUUUGGAUGUGUGACUCUGUGUGCUGUAGAAAUGUUUUGUAGUUGCUCUGUUUCAUUACUUUUUGUAUGCGUCUCUUUUAGAAUUUUAGACAUUAUUGGGUGAUGAAUAGGAGAGAAUUUGUUAGUGACCUGGGUUGUUAUUGCUAAAUCCUAGGGUUUUUAAUUGAUUGAUUGUGAAUUGCAUGUACGCGUACAACACUGAGUGCUGAAAUUUAAAUCAGUAUACAGUGUUUGAUAACUGACUUUGUACACUAGUCCUUUUAUAAAACAUCUGCAUUUUGUUAGACUUGUUGAUAAAUUUGUGAUUUUGAUGUUUUCCUGUCUAUCUUCUCUAUGUAAGCUAAAUUUAGGAAGAAAUAUAUCUUCA